ACAACAAUGAAGGCUUUCUUUGCUCUCUUGGCUGUACUCUGCUGCACCAGUGGCAUUUCUGCCAUCAACAUCAUUACCAAAUCCCAAUGGGGUGGUCGUGCUGCCACCUCAAAAAGCUAUUUGGCCAAAGGUUUGAGCUAUGUGGUCAUCCAUCAUUCGGCCGGUGCUUACUGCAACACCCAAGCCACCUGCAGUGCCCAGAUGCGUAACAUGCAAUCCUAUCACAUGGAUUCUUUGGGCUGGGCUGAUAUCGGUUAUAACUAUGGCAUUGGUGCUGAUGGUAACAUCUAUGAAGGUCGCGGUGCUGGUGUUAUGGGUGCUCAUGCCACCAACUGGAACAGCAAAUCCUAUGGCAUUAUGUUCAUUGGUAAUUACAAUAACUACACCCCAACUGCUGCUCAAAUCUCCAAGGCUAAAGAAUUGAUUGCCUGGUUGGUGUCUCAGGGUUAUGUCUCGUCCAAUUACACUUUGUAUGGUCAUCGUCAAGUCGGUUCGACCGAAUGUCCCGGUAAUAAUUUGUACAAUGAAAUUAAGAAAUGGUCCAACUGGAGGGCUUAA